GUAAGGUUAACUUCGUACAGCUGGCAACUGAGCGAUCCGUUCUCCUACAGAAAAUUACACCCAGCAUCUAUCAGGAUACGUGCAAAAUGUCCGUCGGGAUAAAAUACAUUCCUGGGAUUCUACGGAUAAGAAAAAUGCAGCGAUGAAACAGCGGAGGAGGAGGCCGUGGUCAUAAAAAAAACACAAAAAAAAAAAAAUAUUGUCAAAAAUAUGAGCGAUGAUUGUUGCCUUAGGUACGGAUAGGUGUGAACCUCCACAACAUGAGGCGCAUGUAAAAAGACAUGGAGAGGCGUGUCUCCAAGCGUAGUGUACCAAAUACUUUAGCUCUUCUAACGCUAACGUGCUCUCUCCUACUGUCCUACAGCUGGUACAUCUAUUUUUGCUGUAACGCACCUUUAGAAUCUUCCAAGCCUCCUCAAGAUCCUUCGAAGCAUCGCAAGAUGCCGACCAAACACGCCGAUUAUGUUAUCCGUAGUUGGCUUCCGAGAAGAAUUAAAGAAAGGAUCGAAGCAAACAGCUUAGAAGAAAAUGAUAGGAAGGUUAUUAACAGAACUUAUUCGGCAUCCGGUUAUCCUUUAAGGAAACUUCCUCAAGCUUUAAUUAUUGGUGUUAAGAAGUGCGGUACUCGAGCCCUUUUGGAAUUCUUACGUUUGCAUCCUGACGUAAGAGCGCCCGGUCCUGAAAUUCAUUUCUUUGAUAGGUAUUAUCGCCGUGGGAUGGAAUGGUACAGGCAACAGAUGCCACCAACAUUGGCCACACAGAUCACCAUGGAGAAGACUCCCAGCUAUUUCAUAACUAAAGAGGUACCUGAGAGAAUUCAUGCAAUGUCACCCAACGUUAAACUGUUAGUUGUUGUUCGCGAUCCUGUCACAAGAGCUAUUUCCGACUACACGCAGACGGCCAGUAAGAAACAGGAUACUGGAACUUUCGAUACACUAGCAUUACUGAAUGCUUCAACAGGAUUAGUUGACACCACGUGGAGUGCCAUACGACUGGGAGUGUACGCUCGAUAUUUAGAUUGGUGGCUGAGAUUCUUUACAUUGAGGCAGAUACACUUUGUAAGCGGGGAGAAUCUAAUUAAUGAUCCCGCGGGCGAGAUGGCACGUGUUCAAGAUUUUUUAGAUAUUAAAAGAAUUAUCAGCGAUAAACAUUUUUAUUUUAAUGAAACUAAGGGGUUCCCUUGUUUGAAGAAGUCCGAGGGUAAUGGUAAUCCUCAUUGUUUAGGUAAAACUAAAGGCAGGACCCAUCCUACCAUAUCUUCUUCUACCAUUCAGAGAUUAAGAGACUUUUAUAGACCUUUUAAUGUAAAAUUUUAUCAAAUAGUAGGCCGUAAUUUUGAAUGGCCUUAA